CAGCAGGAGCCGGCGCCCGGCGCGCGCGAGCUGUCCCCGGCCGACGGCUGCGUGCUGGUGUGCGCCGUGUGCCGCUGCUUCCUGGGCGAACAGUGGGCCGCCUUCGAGCGCGCCCGCACGCCCGUGGACAAGCGCAUGUACUGGCUUAAGCGGCCCCACCAGUGCGACGCGGGCGCGGGCGGGCGCCGCGGGGGCGCUGGGGCCCCCCGCGAGUGGAACGUCGCCUACGCGCUGGGCGGCGCGGCCGGCGACGACGAGCACGACGACGACGGCGGCGGCCCCGGUUCCCGAGCCGCCGCGGAAGAGCCUCGAGACUCGGAGCUCUCAGAGCUGUCGGACACCGACCCCCUCUCAGAGCCCGACCCUGUCACGCGCGACGCCGUCAGUCCCCGCCAGGACGGGGCGCCAGCGGCGCGGGCCACUCCGGGGCCUGGGCCUCGCGGGGGCCGCUGCCAGGAGUGGAGGCCGGUGCCGGGACCCCCUCCGGGACAGAUCGCCGAGACCCCCACGCAGGGUGACGUGGAGGAGGAGGAGGGGGACCCUUCGAAGCUCCACGUGGACGGGGAGCCCAAGACUGGCAUUAGGCGCAGGCGUAAGGGCGUUGGGAGGCACUGGGUCCCCGAAGCCCGGGCCAGUGUCUUGAGAGGCAUUCAGGAUCCUUGGCAAGGCCCUCCAGCCCAAGGGGCCCCUGCAGAUGGCAUGAAAGGAGCCCCUUCAGGCAGGGCUACCAAGACUCCGGAGAGCAGACCACUGGGGGAGUCCCGUGGAGGCUACUGCCUAUCUGAGGACAGUGACAUCAACAUCACCAGUGAGGAGGAAGACCGAAAGGAGCAGCCUCUCCCGCGCCCCUGUGGCCCCAAAGAGAAGGAAAACGGUGGCCGAGUCCCCCGGGUUCCUCUGGAAAGCCAGGCUGCGCCACCAGAGGGCCUUUGCUGCUACAUCUGCGGGUCUGCGCUGUCACCGGCCUCGCAGCACCAGAUCCACGUGCAGAAGCAGGAGAAGCUGGCCCAGGCCCCCUUCUUCCCCUUCCUGUGGCUGCAUAGUCCACCUCCGGGGGCUCAGCCCAUCAGCGAGGGUGGCAGCACCCUGGUGUGCCCCUGCUGCUUCUCCUCCCUCAUGCAGCAGUGGCAGAGCUUCGAGCUGGCCAGCGUGCCUGUCCUGCAGCGACUGUACGUGGUGCCCCUGAACAGCCACGCCCCCGGCAUGGCCUCCAAGGGCAGGAGGCUCCCCAGGGAAGAGGGCCCACCCCCUGGGCCCCUGCCAGAGGCCUGCUACCUCUGUGGGGAGGACUGCACCCCGGACGCCCGGGCAGUGACCUCCAGGAUCCUCAACGGCAAUGCCAGAAGCACCAUGCAUUUCCCCUUCCUCAGUCUCCUGCCCUGUCCUCCCAACGCACGGGGCCCCAACAAACGCUGUGAGGUCCGUAGCUGCCCCAAGUGCUUCAGCGUCCUGGAGGACAUCUGGGCGCUCUACCGGGCCUGCCAGAAUGAGGAGCUCAUCACUUCCGUGCAGGGCUUCCUGGGAAGGUACCACCAGGCCUUCCCUGCUUCAGACCCUGCUCUCUCCGAGCCGCCUGCAUUGACCCAGGGCAGUGCCGUGUCCAUCUGCUACAUCUGCGGGGCUGAGCUGGGCCCCGGGAAGGAGUUCCAGCUCAACGUGAACCCCUCCAGUCGCUUGGGCGAGAAGGAACCCUUCUUCCCCUUCCUCACAGUUUACCCACCUGCCCCGCGCGCCAGGCCUGCUGACUCUACCGGCCUGGUGGCCACCUGCGUGCUCUGCUACCACGACUUGCUAGGCCAGUGGCUGCAACAUGAGGCACGCAAUGCCCACCACGCUGUCAGUGCCUGGUCUCGGCAGUACCAAGUGGAUACGUUUGUGUGCUUCUUCUGCCAGCAGGAGAGGAAGCGCUGUCUGGGGCUGAAGGCUGUGCGUGUGGCCCGGCUGCCCUUGUUUCUCUACACCCUGCGAGCAAGCCACAGCCUUUUGGUGGACGACGGGCGGCAGCUGAUCAUUGGUGCCUGCGUGGAGUGUGGGACCCUGGUGUGUGCUGGCCAAGGGCUGACCCGCCAGGGACCCAUGGGCUGGAGCUCCCCUGUGGCAUCGGCGAUAAAGGUCACCUCUGCAUCUCUCGAGGCACCGACAGCCAUCCACCCGCCCGCCCGGGAGCCUGAGCCCUGGCUGGGAAGCCCAGCAGACAGCCUGCUCAGAGGCCCCAAGACCGCCCCGGAGCUGGGGCCAGCCCGGUGUCAGCAGAGCAGCCAGGAUGGGGCCGGACCAGACCUCACGGGCACAGGCAUGAGCCAUGAGCCCAAGUCCCCUUCACUAGGAAUGCUUUCCACCGCGACCAGGACCACCGCCACCGUCAGCCCCCUCACCCCCUCACCGCUCAAUGGCGCCCUGGUGCCCAGUGGCAGCCCCGCCACCAGCAGCGCACUGUCGGCCCAGGCCGCGCCGUCCUCCAGCUUUGCCGCUGCACUGCGCAAGCUCGCCAAGCAGGCGGAGGAGCCCAGAGGGUCUUCACUGAGCAGCGAGUCAUCCCCCGUGUCCUCUCCAGCCACCAACCACAGCUCCCCGGCCAGCACACCGAAGCGCGUGCCCAUGGGCCCCAUCAUCGUGCCCCCUGGGGGCCACAGUGUCCCCAGCACGCCCCCCGUGGUGACCAUUGCCCCUACCAAGACCGUCAAUGGCGUCUGGAGGAGCGAGAGCCGGCAGGACGCCAGCUCUCGGGGCAGCAGCAGUGGUCGAGAACGCCUCAUCGUGGAGCCCCCACUGCCCCAGGAGAAGGCAGGGGGCCCGGCCAUCCCCUCCCACCUGCUCAGCACCCCCUAUCCAUUCGGCAUCUCCCCCAGCUCAGUCGUGCAGGACUCCCGGUUCCCCCCGCUCAACCUGCAGCGGCCCGUGCACCACGUGGUGCCCCCCAGCACGGUGACCGAGGACUACCUGAGGAGCUUCCGGCCCUACCACACCACCGAGGACCUCCGCAUGUCCUCCCUACCUCCCCUCGGCCUGGACCCUGCCACCGCCGCAGCCUACUACCACCCCGGUUACCUGGCCCCGCACCCCUUCCCCCACCCGGCCUUCAGGAUGGAUGACUCCUACUGCCUGUCCGCCCUGCGGUCGCCCUUUUACCCCAUCCCCACCCCCGGCUCCCUGCCUCCGCUGCACCCAUCAGCCAUGCACCUUCACCUCUCUGGGGUCCGCUACCCUCCUGAGCUGUCCCACUCGUCCCUGGCGGCGCUGCACUCAGAGCGGAUGUCCAGCCUCAGCGCCGAGAGGCUGCAGAUGGACGAGGAGCUGCGACGGGAGCGUGAGCGCGAGCGGGAGCGGGAAGCCGACCGGGAGCGGGAGAAGGAGCGCGAGCGCGAGCGGGAAAAGGAGCGCGAGCGGGAGAAGGAGCUGGAACGCGAGCGGGAGAAGGAGCGGGAGCGGGAGCUGGAGCGCCAGCGGGAGCAGCGGGCCCGGGAGAAGGAGCUGCUGGCCGCCAAGGCGCUGGAGCCAGCCUUCCUGCCUGUGGCCGAGCUGCACGGGCUGCGUGGCCACACCACAGAGGAGCGGGCCAAGCCCUCGGAGCAGCUGACCCCAACCCGAGCAGAGAAGCUGAAGGAUUCAGGCCUGCAGGCGCCCAAGCCUGUGCAGCACCCCUUGCACCCAGCACCCGCUCCCCAUCACACCAUGCCCAGCCUUCUCUCCAACCACAGCAUCUUCUCUCUGCCGGGCAGCAGCGCCGCCACGGCCCUGCUCAUCCAGCGCACCAACGAGGAGGAGAAGUGGCUGGCGCGGCAGCGGCGGCUGCGGCAGGAGAAGGAAGACCGGCAGUCGCAGGUGUCCGAGUUCCGGCAGCAGGUGCUGGAGCAGCACCUGGACAUGGGCCGGCCCCCGGUGCCCGCGGAGCCUGAGCACAGGCCCGAGAGUGCCAGGCCGGGACCAAACCGUCACGAGCCAGGCAGCCGAGACCCCCCGCAGCACUUUGGUGGGCCCCCGCCCCUCAUCUCGCCCAAGCCCCAGCACCACUCCGUGCCCACAGCCCUCUGGAACCCGGUGUCCCUGAUGGACAGCACCCUGGAAACGCGGCGGGCCCCCGAGAGCCACCCUCUGCACAGCCACCCAACCCCGUUUGAGCCCAGCCGCCAGGCAGCUGUCCCGCUGGUGAAGGUGGAACGGGUCUACUCAGAAAAGGUGGAAGAGGGGUCCCGGAAGCGCGAGGCCACCCCACUGGACAAGUACCAGCCGCCACCACGGGAGGCGGGGAGCCUGGAGCACCAGACCUUUCCUCACGGGCCUGGGCCCUUCCUGGCUGAGCUGGAGAAGUCCACCCAGACCAUCUUGGGCCAGCAGCGGGCCUCCCUCACCCAGUCAGUGCCCUUUGGGGAACUCACUGGACCCCUGAAGCCAGGCUCGCCCUACCGGCCCCCGGCGCCACGGGUCUCUGACCCUGCCUACAUCUAUGAUGAGUUCCUGCAGCAGCGCCGGAGGCUGGUCAGCAAGCUGGACCUGGAAGAGCGCAGGCGGCGAGAGGCCCAGGAGAAAGGAUACUACUAUGACCUGGAUGACUCUUACGAUGAGAGUGAUGAAGAGGAGGUCAGGGCCCAUCUCCGCUGUGUGGCCGAGCAGCCGCCCCUCAAACUGGAUACAUCGUCCGAGAAGCUAGAGUUUUUGCAACUUUUUGGCUUGACCACCCAACAGCAGAAGGAGGAAUUGCUGACCCAGAAGCGGAGGAAGAGGCGGCGGAUGCUGAGAGAGAGAAGCCCAUCACCCCCAACAAUUCAGAACAAGCGGCAGACGCCUUCACCGAGACUGGCCCUGUUCACCCGCUAUAGCCCUGAUGAGAUGAACAAUAGUCCCAACUUCGAAGAGAAGAAGAAGUUCCUGACCAUCUUCAACCUGACCCACAUCAGUGCUGAGAAGAGGAAAGACAAAGAGAAACUUGUCGAAAUGCUCCAUGCCAUGAAGCAGAAGGCGCUGUCAGCAGCAGCGGCAGACUCACUCAGGAACUCUCCGAGGGACAGUCCUGCUGUCUCCCUGAGUGAACCAGCCACGCAGCCAGCCUCUCUGGAUAUGGAAAAGCCUGUGGGUAUUGCUGCCUCCCUGUCUGACGUCCCAAAGGCCACAGAGCCUGGGAGACUGGAACAGCUCCGGCCACAGGAGCUGUCGCGAGUCCAGGAGCCGACUCCUGCCAGUGGCGAGAAGGGCAGGCUGAGUGAGGCCCCUGGGGGCAAGAAGAGCCUGAGCAUGCUGCAUUACAUCAGGGGCCCCGCGCCCAAGGACAUUCCCGUGCCACUGUCCCACAGCAUCAAUGGGAAGAGUAAGCCGUGGGAGCCUUUCAUGGCAGAAGAGUUUGCACAUCAGUUCCACGAGUCCGUGCUGCAGUCCACCCAGAAGGCCCUGCAGAAGCACAAAGGGAACGUCACUGUUCUCUCGGCAGAGCAGAACCACAAAGUCGACACAUCCGUCCACUACAACAUUCCUGAGCUGCAGUCCUCGAGCCGGCUGCCUUUGCCCCAGCACAACGGGCAGCAGGAGCCCACGGCUCUGAGGAAGGGCCCCCUCACACAGGAGAUGGACCAGGACUCGGAGGAGGAGGAAGAGGAGGACGAAGAGGAUGAUGAAGAACCCCCCAGGCGCAAGUGGCAAGGGAUUGAGGCGAUUUUUGAAGCUUACCAGGAACACAUAGAAGAGCAAAAUCUGGAGCGGCAGGUGUUGCAGACGCAGUACAGACGGCUGGAGGCCCAGAACUACAGCCUCAGUCUCACAGCAGACCAGCUUUCCCACAGCAUGGCGGAACUGAGGAGCCAGAAACAGAAGAUUGUCUCAGAAAGGGAGCGACUCCAGGCGGAACUGGAUCACUUACGGAAGUGCCUUGCGUUGCCUGCAAUGCAUUGGCCUAGGGGUUACUUUAAGGGAUAUCCUAGGUGACGGUUUCCCUUGCACUAGGCCGAACCUAUAGUAUAGAAAUAUUAUCUAUUUUAUUACCUUGAAUAUUUAAUAUUUUUCACUGGGAGGUUUGAAGCUUAAAAAAAAAAAAUAAGAAUGUGCCAUGCAUGAAGCAAAGGAUUGGAUUCCAGGCUCCAGAAAAAGAACGAACUCGCCUUGACUUCAAUGCAAUUGAAUCACCUUUGUAAUUCAGCGAGCAACCAAUGUAGGACAACGCCCAUAGUUUAUUUUUUAAAGGCCGUUUUAUUCUUUCUUUCCCCAUGUCACAUUUUUAAACCUGAAAAUGAAGGCUCCAUUACCAACACUAAAACUUUUAUCAUUUAUAGCCCCUGGGUGUAUAAGAUUGGCUCAAACUGCUUGUGUUCUAUUUCUUGUGUUGCCAUAUUACUAUGCCUCAAGACCCAAGUUUGCUUUUGCUGCAGUGUGGGGGUUGGUCUCAUUCCUCCCCAGGACUGAGACCCACUUCAGCUGAAUGAAGGUGGGGUGCAUUUUAAGUAAAGGGCUUAUUUGUUUCAGUUACUUUUCUGCAAAAUUUUCUUAAAAGCAACAGGUCUUAGGAGCACACAAAGCAACAGUACUAAAGCCUCACCCAUAGGCUUUUCCCUGGAAAAGCUCUAACCUAAAGAUAAAGCAAAUCGACAAACUGAAGGUACCUUUUUUUAUUACUCCGUGGGGGAAAUGUACAGAGCUCUAUGUAUACAUAUAUUCACACCCACCAAAUUGUUGCUGCAGUGGGGGGUGUUUUCAUACAAACAAAUUUUGAGAGAAAAGUCAAAGGUGCUUCAGCCUUGUACUGUGUAUAUAUAUUAAAAAACAAAGUUUUGUAUGUUUUUAUUACUUUAAUUAUUGUUAUAAAAAGCCUGCCAUUUUUAAUGUGGUUUGGGGGGAUUUUUGUUUGUUUGUUUUCCUGUUUGGGAGUUUUGUUUGUUUUUUUGUUUUUUGUUUUUCUGGGCAAAAAUAAAACUUGCUUUUAGUGUCUGUACUGCUGCUGGUCAGGACAUUAAAUAUUGAAGUGUUUUUAAAAAUUAAAGAAGAAGAAAGUAAAAGAGCUUACCACUGGCGCCUAUGCGAUCACUUCAUUUUUGAGUUGCACCAGAAAACGAUGUAGAAAGCCAUGCAUUACUUCUUACCUCCUCCUCUGCCCCCUCCCCCCAGCUCUGGACAGCAAAUCGCAGUUAUACCCAGUUGCAAUUAGUGAGGAGGGGCUAGUCUACGGUAAACGAAACAGAUACUGGGUGCACCUACGCGUGCACACACAGACGUGGGGCUUUUGUAAAAGAACUUUUCAGGAAGUGAGCAGUUUCUGUAAUAGAAUUCUAAGGUGUCUUACAGCAGUCUGAGAACAGGUGCAAAGUAGAAACUUUAGAGGCUUUAUUUAGAUGCAAAGCUUUGUAAAAGCCUACAAGUAGGAUAAGCAAUGUCUGAGCUGAACUUCUCCUCCUUUUGAACUGACUGUGACAAGCACAGGAGCAGCUAGAACUGGGAUAAUCAGAUCCAUGCAAAGCAAUGGGGAAAAUUUUCCUUCUUGUCCCAGUUACUGUUCAUUCAGGCAGGAUUUAACCUAGAUCAAGAAAGUAUCUCUUGCCUGAAUGGGCUUCGACAGAGAGGCCGAAGCAGCCAGUGGUUGGUCUGCCCGGGGAGAGGGGAGGGGGAGGAGGCCUGAGUGUGAACACGCCUCCCCUUCACCCAGGGGAAGGGCUGGCUGACCUUCACGAAGGCUACUCACUGUGAUCAGUGGCCACACCCUCAGCCUUUAGCUGCGCAGAACAGCUUGCUGGCAGAUGGCAUUGUGUCGCUUUAUCUGUUCCCACACAGUUUGCUUUGUAUGUCUGCCAAGAAUCUUCCAGUUAUUAGCAAACUCAGACAAAAAGUGCCGCCAGUAUUAUCAGCAGUCAACAAGCGCCUUCCUCUCCACAGAAACGACUUGAGGAGAACUAAGGGCUGUUCUGUGGGCCUCCUCCCCUGCAAAGACAUUGAGAGAUCAACAUGUUCCACAGGUGGGACAGGUGUUUAGAGGGAGAUCUAUUGCCAACAAUAAAGGCAGAAUAUCACUGAAUUUCUCUAUUUAAAAUCUACUUGCUGUUUCUGGUCUGAAAGCUUAAGAGCUACAUCUUAGCAUUUCACUCUCAGUCCUCCUCCAUCACAGACAAUGUCUGAGUACUUUUGCUGAUCAGCUUUGGUAAUAGCCUUGGCUAACGUGGAAAAAGCAGACAACAACUUGAUGGGAGAGAAAAGCACAGCCCCAUCCCUUCACCAGCCUGGGGAGCUCCCUCGGUUGGGUCUGCUUAAUUGUUUGGGGAAGAGGUCACAGCGUGCGGGAUAAGGGAACGCACCACUCCAGGGGCGGAGGCUGUGUCACUGGGCUACUAGUAACUGCUUUUCCUCCUCCCCAUUGAAAACACCAUGUCUACCCUGCACUUGAGCUUCUGUUGCUCUGCCGCACCCAACUCCCACCUGUCUCUGGAGAUCUUAGACUAUUCUUGGGCUCAAUAAGACAAUCAGAAUAUAAAUAUAAACCACAAAAGGCAGUAUGAAUAAGAAAAAGGUAAGAGUCUUGAAAACAAGUGCACCACAAAGACAUAGUACCCAAUAGUGGGUUUCCAUCCAAUUAGUUUUAUAAUCUGAAAAUACUUUUUCAUCUCAUCUAAGUUCCUUUUCAGUUUAGGUUUAAAAAUGGACAAAUACGCACUAUCUGAAGCUUUUGUUCCACUAUUUCACGUUGCAUUUAAAAGAUAAAAGUUCAGAAGUACACCAAAUUUGCUCUAGAAUUGAUUGUGCAACCUCUGUGUCAGUAUUUUCGUGAAGACCUCGGUCCUUCACUGCCUCAUGUGCUUCCCACAGCACUUGGAGGAGACAGCUGCCAUCUGUCCUCUAAAGGGGAUUUCACUCAACUUGUGAGGGAUACCUUACAAAGCGGAAUCACAUGGCUCCACAUUUAAUCAGAUACUCAGCAACAAACCAGAGCUUUCCCCAAAACUUGGUACUGCAUACCUGGUCAUGGAAUCAGCCAAACUGAUGUGAAGAAAAUAACACGAUUUAAUCCAUUGUUUUAAGUGACCAAGGUAGGCUUUCUGACAGUUUAGUCUAUGUAUUCUAAAGGAACUAACUCACUAAAUUGGCAUUAACAUUCUACUAGAUUAUAUACCCUUACAGAAAUUCAAAGACUAUUCAAAGGAGCCCAUACUUCAGAAUUAUAACAGGAAAUCUUAAGUUUGUACACAGAAUGGGUUUUUCUCAAUGCUGCCAAAUCUCAAAAACUAAGAUACUCCCUUUCCCUGAGUUACGUGUCUUUCUAAAGUGUAGAAAAUUCCAAGGAUCCACCACAAGAUGGAGAUGGUCAGCACAAGCCGAUUCUGUUACUCUCUUAAAUAAGUGUAUAUUAGCCAUUUAGCAGCGAUCCCUAUACUCUUCCAAGUAACCAAGCUAUUGACUUUCUUACUACUUGCAGUAGCCUGUCCCCCACUUUUUGAUCCAGCACUUAACUUAAACUCCUUAACUCUGCCUUGACCUGAGGAAGACCAUGCUAAUUGGUUGUGUUACUUUGUUAUGUACCCUGUGCUCAAUUGCUAGAACAGUGAACCAGUACAUGGGAGGGAGGAGGAACGGUGCCUCGGUCACUCUGGGGGCAGUUUAGAUGCUGUGAAAUUAAACCUGUUCUAAGUGUACUUGUUUGAAUUAAUUGUAUUGUAAUAUUAUUUGUUGAAUGUAGUAAUUAGGUAUUUAUGAAUAUAUUGCUGUAAUU